UGAAUACUUCCACGACAGUAUACAGAUCUCACGAUUUCAACUGUCUCAUUCUACCCUUUCAUUUCACCCUUCCCUCAAACCUAACGUCUACAUCGCCAAAGCGGCCGACUGGGCCCUUUCAAACCUCAAACUCCAACCAAAAUACAAGGCUCGCUUUACUUAUCGAUUACAUCUUUAAUAACACGUGCAUCAAGAGAGAACCAAAAACAUGUUGUUUCCUCGUGUUCAAGCCUAAUCACGUACGUUGCCCGAACGCCCACCACCCAAUGCUAAUUAAUCGUCCCUCACCCACGAACCACGACGUCAAGCGCUUUCCAACCUUUUUUCAUAUCUUUACCUCUUCUCUUUUCCCCUCGAUUACUCGACCACGCCCAUUCCAAACAACGACCUUUCUCUUUCAUUUGCAUUGGUGAGGCAGACUUUUCGGGCGCGUACUAGGUGUCAUCCACAAUUGACCUCGUGUUUUAGUCGUUUUUACGGAUUACGCCACCUUCAUAGCGAAGAAGAAAAAGAAAAAAGCGAGCUGAAGCCUCGUUUCCUAAAGGGAAUUUGCAUCAACAGACCGCGGAUAUGAGAUAUAACAACGACAACAAUACCGAAUCGGGGGUCUACUAUGUCGUCCCUGAACGAAACGGUAAACCCGGUAGUAAACGAAUUGUUCGAAGACCCCGAGCACCUCUUACUUCAGUCCCCCUCGACGAUGACUUUGACGCGAUCACGCGUACGACGAUGUAUACAGGCAAGGGAAGAUAUUCCUGGGUGCCCACGCAAUCACCGCUCGACGACGAAUUUGAUGCGGUCACGUAUACGAAUACGAACACGAACUUCGAGAAGAUUGAUGAGGUAGAUGAGGAGCUUUUGGAAGAAGUCGAGGACACUGAGGGUGGAAGGGAUACUGUGAACGGCGGCAGGAUGAGAAGGGAAGAGGAGGAAGACGAGCGGGACGACGAGAACACGCCGAGGCGCGUUGAACAGGCUGAAGAUAACCGACAAAAAGAUGUUUUCCACCGCUACCGACGAGCAUCAACAUCUCGAGUGGACGAUUAUGGCGGAUACCGUCGUCAGCGUAGCGUUUCACGCGCCGAACCUCGCGUUACCCCAUCUCCCAAUACCCAGAACGGCCGCUAUCACCCUCGACCCUGCGAUGACUUUGCUUCGCGUUACAUUCCCUCACGCGAACGAACGCCACGUUCGGGUCCUCUCAAUGGAAAUACAGAACCUUCUCAGCUUGUACGAAGUGCUUCUCGUCGUUCUUCCAACCGAAACCAGCCCAACUCCCAACAUCAACAUCAACCCCAAGAACAAACUCAGAAUGGCCACACCCGAGGAGCUGUAUAUCGUUCUGAGGAGAUUAUUCGCAAUCACCGUACUAACCCCGAUGAUUAUCACCAACGCACCCCCUCCGUGACGCGAAGACGAAGAGAUAGCGGACUUAGUGGUCGAUCUAGGUCUAGAUCAAGAUCAAGAGCUCGAACGACCAAACUUCAUACGAAAGCCGUAACCACAACUAAUCCCAAUCCUCACCUUCGUCCUCCCGCUCGUCAACAAUCAUACGAGGUCGUCAAAAGCCGUGUUCUUGAAGACACUCCAGAGAAAACUGUAACAAUUUCGACCUGGAGAGAGAGAGUUGCUGAAGCGAAUGGAGCUGAAACGGGGGGAGGAGGAGGCAGAGGCAACGGGGAAGAGGAGACGAGGAUGAGCGUGUAUUAUGUUGAUGCAGAUGAUUAUCCUAUUGAAGAUCGCAAUGGGAGGGUUAUCGAACUUGAGCAGAGGGUUUAUGAGGAAGGUGGAAACGGCGGAACGGUGGAAUGGAUGGGGUCGAAGUCGCCGAGGAUUGCAAAAAGGAAGCUGGGCAACGGCGAGAGUAGAAAAGGGAAGGAACAGGAACAGUUGCUAGUUCAGCGUGAUAAGGACGUCCGAGAUCGCGCCCUCACCGCUUGGCCAUCCAUGAGUGAGCUCGGAGAUAUCGACGAAGAACUCCAAGAAGACGAAGACGACGCUGAAGACGAACACAAAAAGUUAACCCACCGUCGUUCUCAAUCUCUUCCUACCAACUUUCAUUGGCGAGAUCCAGACGAACUUGACCCGAAUCCUGACAGAUCGGGAAACUUUACCCAUCCCCGAACUUCCACUCCUAUUCGAGGUCCAUCCUCCUUCGAAAACAACCCACCGAAAUCCGUAUCGCUACUACCAACUCGUUCCAAUGGCUCGACCAUUAGCAGUAUUCGUAGUUUGCGACUCGCUACACCUAGGCCGAGCUCUAGUACUCAGCCUUCCUCCAUACACCCCCCUCCUCAAGGCCCUCAGCGCUCGGUAACAGAAAUCCUCGCCUCCUGUAAGCCCUCGCUUGCCCAUCUCGAACGGAUUCUGCACGAACUAGGCAUGCGGACGGAGGAUCAUUUUAAAGCCGUAGCAAAGAUGAGCGAGGCUACGAGAGAUAGGGAGAUCAAGCGGAUAGCAGUUGAGAAAGGCGUGACGGUGCUGGAAUGGGCGAUGUUGAUUGACAAGAUGCAAAGUUUGUAGUCCCCUCCUCCCCAUCCUUGUUUUCGUUUUAUCGAACGGAUAGUUGUAUGUAUUUCAAACUCUUGUUGUGUACCCUGUUGUAAUCGUGUAUUGUAUAUCGUGUAGUGGGUGUCUGUAUUGGAUAUUGAAAGCUAUUCGAGCAUGAUUCUGAUAGCAACGAUUUGUUCUAGCUAGCCCAAGCGCAAUUUACGUAGUGAC